AGGGGCGCCCCACGUGCUUCGCCCCUCGUCCCCGGGUCCUGGUUAGAGAGAGAGAGAGAGAGAGAGAGAUGGCAGCGCGACGACUCGGCGUGCGUGCGUUAUGUUCGGCGGGCGGUUUCGUCGGCGAGCGGAUUCCUUCUCUUUUUUCUUUUCUUCCCCUUCCUCUUCUUUUCCUGCUGCCCCUCUAUUGUCCCUUGUGGUUGGGGGGAGCGAACGGAUUUUUUUUUUCCCCGAAGAAAAAGAGGCUGCGGCGGUCCGCACGGCGCCGCCGGGUAGCGACAUGCGGUCGGCUUCCGAAACAAUAAAGGGCGGGGAGGGGUUCGAGGCGAUGGACUGCUGCUUGAUGUGCGCAGGCAUCUAUCUCGCCAACGCGACCUCUGUCUCGGCUACGGCCGAGGUGCUGUGGCAGCUUGAUAAUGCCCCUCUGCGUGGGUGUCGCACUGGUUCUCCGCGGAACGGUAAGGUGGGGAAGUGUUUAUAUAUCCGACUGCUCUGCCCGUCGUCUCCUAGGACACGGAGAGGAGCAGGACGGCAGUGUGCGAUCUAUCUCCGAGUCUGCUUCCCCUUAGCCCUGUCGGCUCGGCUUUCAUGAGAACUUCUCGCUGCUCACGACGAUCCUCUCUGUGUGCUUCCCUACUGAGGUAGGUAUGCGCCCCAACUGGUGUUCACAACAGGGAGCUUGUCUCCCCCCCCCUCCCCCCCUCUCUCCUCCGUGAUGUCUAUAGAGAGUAGAAGC